AUGGAGAACAGCUAUCAGGAGUGUCAGCCUUUAAAUGAACAUGAAAAAGCUCUUGGGAAAGGUGCAAACAAUAGAAAGAGAAUAUUUAGGCUGAUUGAAAAAUAUGGGCGGCGUCAUCACCGGCACCCGCACGGGGGAACCGGGCCGGCCGCCACCCAUCCCUGGCUGCGCUGGCGCGCGGACGGCCGCUCCCUGCAGAAGCUGCCAGUGCACAUGGGCCUGGUGAUCACCGAGGUGGAGCAGGAGCCCAGCUUCUCGGACAUCGCGAGCCUCGUGGUGUGGUGUAUGGCCGUGGGGAUCUCCUACAUUAGCGUCUACGACCACCAAGGUAUUUUCAAGAGAAAUAAUUCCAGAUUGAUGGAUGAAAUUUUAAAACAACAGCAGGAACUUUUGGGCCUAGGUUGUUCCAAAUACUCACCAGAGUUUGCAAAUAGUAACAACAAAGACGAUCAAGUUUUAAAUUGCCCUUCAGCUGUGAAGGAGCUGUCCCCAGAAGAUGGCAAAGCAGACAUUGUGCGAGCUGCCCAGGACUUUUGCCAGUUAGUAGCUCAGCAGCAGAGAAGACCCACAGAUUUGGAUGUAGAUCUGCUAGACAGCUUACUUAGUUCAUAUGGUUUCCCUGAUCCUGAUUUAGUGUUGAAGUUUGGUCCUGUGGACAGCACAUUAGGCUUUCUUCCUUGGCAAAUCAGAUUGACUGAGAUCGUCUCUUUGCCUUCUCACCUGAACAUCAGUUACGAGGACUUUUUCUCCGCGCUUCGCCAGUAUGCAGCUUGUGAACAGCGUCUGGGAAAGUAGUGGCUUCUGGUUGCAUAACAGGAUUUCAGGCUUUUGGAGAAAAGGACCCAAUUGACUCUGAUGUUUACAAAGUACCUAUAAAACCUUGUACACACCUA